AUGAUGAUUUCUAAGACUUUUGUUAUUCUCGCCACGGCUCUGUCCGCCACGGCGACCCAUGUCCACAACCAGUUUGGUAAAGAUGGCUACAUUCAGGACGAUCAAGGUUCUGAGCUCGCACUGAACAACGGAGGUUCCGUCACCAUCGGAGGUGGAUGGGGAUUCUUUUGGGUUGAUUCCUCCGUGUGUGGCAAGAACUCGGUUGCCUAUACCUGGCCAUCCAGCUAUGGAGACGUCUAUAUCAGAAGUGAUGGUUUCCUCUACGAUGGAAGCGGUAGGUGCCACUUACCUCCAAAGCUCAUGUUAAAAUUCAAGACUGACCAUUAA